AUGGAUACCUUAAGAGGGUCGUUAGUCGCGUACGGCAAGCUGAGGGCCCCCGGCGCCGCUGCUGCCGGGGCGGCGCACUGGGCUGCGGCGGCGCGCUGGUGGCGCUGCCGGACGCGCCGGCCUGCCGCUGAUGGCCACCGCCGCCGCGCUCAGCGGCGUGCAGGGCCUCACGCUCACCGCCGCCAUCGGAGGUACUGCACCACUUCUGCGUGCUACCCCACCGGGGACGGAGGAUAG